AAUUCUAUACGCAAUCUUAUCCUAGUUACAGUAACAGUAAUAAAAGUUGUCUGGGAAAAAUGGAGGCCGCAGCGGCCACGGGGACAAUGACAAUGGAGUUGGUGUUCAUCGCUAACCUGUUAAUGGGACACCAAGUGUCAACGGUUGAAAGGGGCGGACAACUCGUCGGCCGAGACCGUCGGCUUUCCAUCACGGUCCUCCUAAUGAAAAAAUCAUUCGAUAAAUCCAAGGUUAGCUCAUCCACACAAUCGGUACUACUCGCCGCAGAGCAGGAUCGGUUAAAGUUCGUACACCUCCCUCACGACGAGACGGCGGUGGCGGAGCUCCAAGCCAAGUCCCGCGGCAACUUCUUGUUAGAGUACAUCAAAAUGAACAAGCAGCACGUGAGGGAUCACGUGGCGAAGAUGGUGUCCGCCGAGUCGACGCGGAUCGCAGGGUUGGUCGUGGACCUGUUUUGCACCCCGAUGAUGGACGUGGCGGCCGAGUUCGGACUCCCGUCUUACGUUUUCUUCACCUCCAACGCCGCGGUCCUUGGCCUCAUGUUCCAUUUGGAGGCCCUCAGCCGGGACAUUACUGAGUUCAAGGACUCGGAUACUGAGUUGGAAAUCCAAGGUUUCGUGAACCCGGUCCCAGCUAAGGUGUUGCCUUCUAUGUUAGUGGACAAGCAAAGUGGGUCCGCCAUCUUCAUUAAUAUUGCCAAGAGACUGAGAGAAAGCAAUGGCAUUAUCGUGAACACGUUUGCGAAGAUGGAAUCCAAUGCGGUCAGGUCACUUGCGGAGGACAGUGACGUCCCACCAGUGUACCCUGUGGGACCCGUGAUCCACCUCGUUAAAAACGAAAACGAGGAGGAAGCGAUGAAGAUCAUGAGGUGGUUGGAUGAUCAGCCACCGUCGUCAGUGGUUUUCUUGUGCUUCGGGAGCAUGGGUAGUUUCGAAGAGGAUCAGUUGAAGGAGAUAGCACAAGCCCUAGAGCGAAGUGGCCACCGGUUCUUGUGGUCAGUGCGGAAGACUCCACAAAAGGGAAAAACCGAGCUUCCAGGCAAGUACCAAGACCUCAAUCAAGUGCUACCGGAAGGGUUCAUGGAACGUACGAUGAAAAUUGGGAAAGUGAUUGGGUGGGCUCCACAGGUGGCGAUACUCUUUCACAAGGCGGUGGGAGGGUUUGUGUCGCACUGUGGGUGGAACUCGACAUUAGAGAGCUUGUGGUGCAGAGUGCCAAUGGCUACGUGGCCGAUGUAUGCUGAACAACAAGUGAACGCAUUCGAGUUGGUGAGGGAAUUAGGGCUGGCCGUCGAGAUAAAGUUGGACUACAAGAAGGAUUUUGGGUCAGACAAUACCAAGGUUAUGUUAGUGACAGCGGAGGAGAUAGAGAAUGGGAUAAGGAAAUUGAUGGAGGGCAGGAAUGAAUGUGGGGAAGUUAUAAAGCAGAGGGUGAAGAAGAUGAGCGAGAAGAGCAAGAUUGCUGUGGUUGAAGGAGGGUCGUCCUAUAAUUCUAUAGGACUAUUGAUCGAGGAUGUCAUGAACAACAUGCAUAUGUACACAUUCUGUGAGUGACUAACUAUUUCGAGGACAUACCUCAACAUCUUUCACAAUCAUACAUUCAUAUGGGGCUAACAAACUAGUUAUAUAUGAAUCUCAUAUGAAUGUAUACUCGUGGAGUAGAUUGAGACAAUAGUACUUGGCGGUGCUCGAGGAGCACCCAAUAAGUUUUAACUAACUGGUGACGGGUUUAAUUAGUACUCGAAUAGUCGAAUAUUUGUACCAUAUCAUGUUCUGC